CCUCCGCAACAUCUGAAAGAAGCAGUUCCUAUAAGAAAAUGACGUUAAUUUCCGUCGUCGUCAUCGUCAUCGCGGCCCUGUCUGGGCUUUCGCGGGCCCUCAAGGAUCCGAUCUGUGCUCUGGAACCGGCCAGUCACGGCACCGAUGGUUUCACCUGCCAUGGCCAUUUUCCGAGAUAUUCCUAUUAUCUCUUUAAGAACGAGUGCGAAAGGUGGAUAUAUGGCGGCUGUGGAAAACCGAACAGGAAUAACUUCGGCACGAUAGAGGAGUGCCAGCAUAAAUGCAAGGAAGCUGCCUCUAUAGAAAUAAUAAAGUAAAGGCCAAAAAAGGCUGGGGUGUAAAAAACUCGAAAAA